UUCCUUGGCUUCGUGGGCAUCCCUCGCGUGGAGCCACAAUCAGAAGCCGUCGCGAUGGAGGGUGGCGCUCCUGCUCCCGCGCGUAUGACCACUGUGUCGCGGCACUACUUCGGCGGCGGCGCGUCCGAGCGCGAUCACGACCUCCGCGUCGACAUCAUCGAGAAUAUCGAAGAGGACUACGGCAUGUUUGUCUGGCCAUGCAGUGUCAUUCUGGCAGAGUACGUGUGGCAACAGAGGGCACGGUUCUCUGGUCGCAAAGUUGUUGAGCUUGGUGCCGGAACCUCACUACCGGGAUUAGUAGCAGCAAAGGUUGGAGCAGAUGUGACUCUGACAGACAUUGCACAUAAUACAGAAGUGCUGAACAAUAUCAGAAGAAUAUGCGCUCUCAAUAAUGCCAGCUGCGCUGUUUCAGGACUAACUUGGGGGGACUGGGAUGAACCGAUAUUUGAUCUUCAUCCUCACAUUAUUCUGGGAGCUGAUGUACUUUACGAUUCUGCAAAUUUUGACAAUCUCUUCGCAACGGUUACUUUCCUUCUGGAAAAUUCUCCUGGGUCGGUGUUCAUAACCACGUACCACAACCGCAGUGGUCAUCAUUUGAUCGAGUUUUUGAUGGUCAAGUGGGGUUUGAAAUGUUCGAAACUGCUGGAUGGUUUCUCCUUCCUCCCAUCAUGCAAGGCUGCUUCACUACAGGGGAACAUUCAGCUUGUUGAAAUUGUGCUUGACAAGGAAAAACAUAAAUGACACUAAGAUUUACAGGAGCUGACUGACAGCAGAGAAACACGACUGGCACUGUUUGGUCUCUGCAUACUAGUAUGCAGUUCUAGGAGCGACGCCACACCAAGUCAAUAAGUCGAAGGAUGUUUUUAAUAAAACAAAAACUUCUGCAAAGCUGUGCACUGUGAAUUGAUGAUCAAACUUGUGCCUAAGUAAAUUCGCAGGUGUUGAUUGUUGACUGACAACACCAUGAAGAGCCAUCCAUUCGAACUUGAAAACAUGUGGUAUUGUGUGGUCCGAUAUUCUGUCUA